AUGUUGUCCACGGGUAGCCCCGCUAUACCCACACCGGUGUCAGACCUUCAGAUCCAGUACACUAAGAUAUUUAUAAAUAAUGAGUGGCACGAGUCCUGUCAGGAGAGGAAGAUGGCCGUGCGUAACCCGGCAACGGGUGAUAUUAUUUGUGAUGUGGAGGAGGGAGACAAGGAGGAUAUUGAUAAGGCCGUCGCGUCAGCCAGGGAGGCGUUUCAGCUGGGGUCGCCAUGGAGACGCAUGGAUGCCUCUGAGAGGGGCCGCUUGCUCAACAAGCUGGCAGACCUGGUGGAGAGAGACCAGCUGAUACUAGCGACCAUGGAGUGCAUUAACUCUGGCAAGCUGUUCCUGAUGGCUUACUUUGUUGACCUGGUGGCCACCAUAAAAACCCUCAGAUACUACGCAGGCUGGGCUGACAAGAUUCAAGGGAAGACCAUUCCUGUUGAUGGCGAAUAUUUCACCUUUACACGACAUGAACCCAUUGGGGUGUGUGGACAAAUUAUUCCUUGGAACUUCCCUCUGAUGAUGUUUGCGUGGAAGAUUGGUCCGGCCCUGUCCUGUGGUAACACCAUCGUCAUCAAGCCAGCUGAGCAGACCCCGCUCACUGCACUACACAUGGCCAAGCUCAUUAAGGAGGCUGGCUUCCCGCCCGGCGUGGUUAAUGUGGUGCCCGGCUACGGGACAACGGCCGGCCACGCCAUCGCACACCACAUGGGCAUCAACAAAAUAGCCUUCACUGGCUCUACGCAGGUGGGGAAGCUCAUCCAGAGAGCUGCUGGGGAGUCUAAUCUCAAGCGAGUCACUCUCGAACUGGGAGGCAAAAACCCCAUCAUCGUCUUUGCAGACGCAGACUUGGAGAGUGCGGUGCAGCAGGCUCACCACGGGCUGUUCUUCAACCAGGGCCAGUGCUGCCUGGCCGGCUCGCGGGUGUUUGUGGAGGAGCCCGUCUAUGAGGAGUUUGUGUGCCGCAGUGUGGAGCUGGCCCAGAGGAUGGUGCUGGGGAACCCGCUAGACCUCCACGUGGAACAGGGACCUCAGAUCGAUAAGAAGCAGUUUGACAAGAUCCUAGAGCUGGUGGAGAGUGGCAAGAGGGAGGGGGCCACGCUGGAGUGUGGAGGGGGGCCCUGGGGCCAGCGUGGAUACUUCAUCCAGCCCACUGUCUUCUCCAAUGUUACGGAUGACAUGCGCAUCGCCACAGAGGAGAUUUUUGGUCCGGUUCAGCUGGUGAUGAGGUUCGGCAGCCUGGAGGAGGCGGUGUGCAGGGCCAAUGCCACCCAGUAUGGCCUGGCCGCCGGCGUCUUCACCAGGGACAUCAGCAAAGCUCUCACCGUCACCUCAGCCUUACAGGCAGGAACAGUGUGGGUGAACUGCUACAAUGCCAUGAGCACCCAGUGCCCAUUUGGUGGGUUUAAGAUGUCAGGAAAUGGAAGAGAAUUGGGAGAGGACAGCUUACGGGAAUACACGGAGGUCAAGGCGGUCACUGUCAAAAUAUCUCAGAAAAACUCCUGAAGUGUUUCGUCAUCAUUCGCACUCACGCAAGUCAUUUCACGAACACAUUAUGUUCGAUAGGCGACAAAACUUUUGUCUUGUGAA